CACAGUUGUAUAUUUUUAUGAGAGAGAGUAUGAGUUACUUGUCAUAAAUUAAAUGAGGUUAGUGUAAUAAGCAGAGUUCGGUGCAGUUACAUGGCGGCGUUGCAGUGAGAGCUCUAAUUCCAAAUGCCAUUAUUGCUUCGAAAAACAACAGAAUUGAAACCCAAGUUAAGGAACCCUUCUUUCCUAAGUCCUUUACCCAAUUAAAUUCCAAAAAAUUGUUGUCCAAAAAUAAAGCUGCGAAAACACCCCCAACUACAAAAACACACUAGGAGUCAGAGAGUCAGAAACCCAACCCAAAAAAAAAAAAAAAAAUCAGGUCAAAGCCAACCAACACUCACAGACUCACAGUCCCAUAAAAUCCCACACACCAAAUUUCCAUUUACAAUUCGAACCCUGAAGAACCACAAAAUCACAAACCAGCUGUGUGUGGUAAGUGUAUUACAAAAUUUUUUUGUGCGGAUAUUAUUACUAAAUUUAACGUGCGAUCAAUCUGGCUAUGGAUUGUUACUCAAAAUUGAGUAGUAUUGGGUGCAAGAAAUGGCUGGGCUAUUCUAUCUAGGCGGACGAGAAGGGUCACACAACAAGCAAGAGGAAGAGGAAGAUAAGCAAGAGGAGAAUAAUAGUAACAGCUUGUAUUUGUACAGAAACGAAGAGAUCUACAACAACAACAACAGCAGCAGCAACAACAAAGGGUUUGAGCUAUGGCCUCAACAACAGUACUAUCCGCCACAGCAAAACUUGAGCAACUUUUACUCGUUUGGAGUGGGUCCUAGUAGUCGAAGAAUUAGCAACCAUAACCUUAACGACGUGUCUGAUCACCAUGAAUCGUCAAGAUCCGGGUUCACGUUGAUGAGGCAAGGAGGGCUAGGUGGGCUCGGUGGUGGAAGCAUGAAUUGCCAAGAUUGUGGUAACCAAGCUAAGAAGGAUUGCCCACAUCUCAGAUGCAGAACUUGUUGCAAAAGCCGAGGGUUUCACUGUCAAACCCACGUUAAGAGCACUUGGGUCCCCGCUGCUAAAAGACGCGAACGGCAACAACAGCUUGCAGCUUUACAACACCAACAGGAACAACAAGAAGAACAGCAGCAGCAGCAGCAGCAACAAGAACAACAAGAACAGCAACAGUUUCGGGGAGAGAAUCCUAAGAGACAGAGAGACAAUCAUGGACUCGCUUGCAUUCGUAUACCCAACACCACGUCAGGGUUGGAACUUGGACAAUUCCCACCUGAGGUAAAGUCUCCAGCAGUGUUUCGCUGUGUAAGAGUAAGCGCGAUGGAAGAUCCAGACGAGCAGUACGCAUAUCAAACGGCUGUAAACAUUGGAGGGCAUGUUUUCAAGGGCAUUCUUUAUGAUCAAGGUCCAGAAGAUCGUUACACUACAGGUGGUGAAUGCUCCUCAGGCGGCGGCGGCGGCGGCGGUGGUGGUGGUGGUGGAACUCAACCGCUUAAUCUCAUUACGGCUGGUACCACGUCUACCAAUGUGACCACAGCAAGCACUAGUAAUAACCCAACAACUACUACCACGUUGCUUGACCCUUCUCUAUUUCCAGCUCCAAUCAAUGCGUUCUUGGCUGGUACGCAAUUCUUCCCACCCCCAAGGUCAUAGAAGCAUAGUUUUAACUACUUUUAGCAAGCAAAAAUCUUGAAAUUUGUCACCAUAUCUACAUUGUUCUCGUUAAAAAGUUUUAAUGUAGUAGUUACUUUGUAACAACCGCUAGUAAGUAGUAGAGAAGAGAAGAGAAGGCAUAGGAAUUAGAAUGGAACGAGGAGGAUAUGAGCUAGCGAGGAUGAUAUGGGGGAUGUUUAAUCUUGUUCGAAUUUCAAUUCAGAUUUUCAUGGUUAUUAGUUGAUCUUAUCGAUGACCCAAUUAAUAUAUUUUUAAUU